ACGAGGUCGUACAAAGGGAUCACUUUAAUAACGAGGUCGUAUAAAGGGAUCACUUUAAUAACGAGUUCGUAUAAAGGGUUCACUUUAAUAACGAGGUCGUAUAAAGGGUUCACUUUAAUAACGAGGUCGUAUAAAGGGUUCACUUUAUUAACGAGGUCGUAUAAAGGGUUCACUUUAUUAACGAGGUCGUAUAAAGGGUUCACUUUAAUAACGAGGUCGUAUAAAGGGUUAUUAGAUUAA